AUGAGAACAGUUGACUUGGCUGGUAACCCCUUUCGAACACCACGACGAUGCCAUCUUAUCAGAUGCUUCUGCACGUUAUCAUACGAGUAUCGAAUCGCAACCGUCGCCUCUAACUCAACAAUGAACUCUGCCGACCAGACGCUUUCAAAGGAUUCAAAAAAUGACGAUCGAUGCCUGGUAUGUGAAGCACAGGCGACGGGAUUCCAUUUUGAUGCUCAGUCCUGUUCGGCGUGUGCAGCUUUCUUUCGACGUACGGUGUCGCUCAACAAAAAGUUUGUUUGCAUAGCAAACCGAUCCGACUGUAAUGUCCACUACAAAUAAUAUACCGGCAGCCGAACGAAUGGGAUCAAUUAUCCUUCUGCUCAGCUCGAUUUUCUCAACUGGGCUGGAUUUCGUCGAGAAGCAUCGACAAAUCGAAUUUUUCGAUUUAUGGCAUUUGGAUUCCUUGCUUCUUCAAUUCCUCAAUCUGGAUUCGAUCCUGGCCGAGUUGAACAGCGCACAGUCAUAAAUAAAUCAUCAUAA